CUGCUGUCGCCUCUCGCCGCGGCCUGUGGAAGCGCAGAUCUCCGCUCCGGCCGCCGCCUCAGACCCGGCCCCGCCAUGUACCCGGCCUGGGGGCUGUACGGGGCGGCGGGGCACUACCCGCCGCCCCCCACCUCGAUACCGCCCCCGCCGCUGCCCGUACCCCCGCCCGUGAUGCCCCCCUCCGUCCCGCCGCCGAACUACCCGCCCCCGGGUCCCGGCGUGGCCCCCGCGCCCGGUGCCUCGGGCUUCCUGAGCCUGCAGGAGCAGCACCUGGCCCAGCUGCAGCAGCUGCAGCAAAUGCACCAGAAACAGAUGCAGUCGGUACUUCUGGGGGGUCCCCCGCCCGGGCCGCCGCCCCCGGGCCUGCCUCCUCCGCCUCUCCCCGGCUCCUUCACCGACUGGCCGCCGCCAGUGCCGCCCCCCGUCCGCAGCUACCAGAAGCAGUUCAAGCACCGCGAGCCGCCUCCGCCGCCCCCACCCCGGGACCCCCAGGUCUGCAAGCCCCCGGCGCCCCCCCUGCCUCGAGAGCAUGAGACCCUCCAGCCGUCUCAGCCCCACAGCGACUGGGAGCACCUGCCUUCUUCCCCAGUGCCCAUGGAUAUGGAGCUGUCCUCUCCGCCACAGUCGCCCCCACCGCCUGAGCAGGCCUAUCCACCCCCUUCACAGGCCUAUGUCCCCCCAGCUCAGUCUGAACCCUAUAUUCCCCCGGCCCAGCCACCCCCUUCCCAGUCCCCUCCGCCCCAGUCUUAUUUGUCCCAUUCUCAGCUCUCCCAGCCACCGCCACCAUCCUAUUUGGAGCCCCCUCCAUCAACUGCCCCUCAAUCUUAUUUAGCCUCCUCCCAAUCCUAUCAGACACAUUCUCAAUCUUAUUUGUCCCCUUCCCAAUCAUCCCUUUCCCAACCAACCCAGUCUAGUUUGACACCUUCCCUUUCUCAGUCUAAAUCUCACUUUACUACAUCCCAGUCAUCCUUGCCCCCUUCCACUCCUGCUCAGCAAGAGGCAAUACAGAGUGCUGCUAAGGACACCAGUGACAGUUCUGACCAGCACAGCACCCCACAACCAGACCCCUCCACUAUGACCCCGCAGGAACAGCAGCAGUAUUGGUACCAGCAACAUUUGCUAAGUCUGCAGCAGAGGGCAAAAGCACAUGCACAGGGACAGCAGCAACCGAAGGGUCCAGGAGUAGUGAAGGAUGCACCUGAGCAGAGAAUACAGCAAGAAGAAGGGAAAGUGACUGCUCCUAAUCAGCAGUCUGAACCGCCUUCACUUAACGAGCCCCUAAUACCAGCUUCCAAAAAAGAGGACCCUCCUGUCUCAUCUACUGAACCUAAGCUGAAUAUUGAACCUCCUGAGGACUCUGAGGAAGAUUUGAGGUUGCAGCAGUUGCAGGUGGCAGCAGCUCAGUGGCAGCAACAUCCACACCAUCGAGUUGGCUUUCAGUAUCAGAGAAUAAUGCAGAAGCAUGCCCAACUGCAACAGAUCCUACAGAAGUACCAACAGAUUAUACAACAGCCACCCCCCCCACAGACAAUGUCAGUGGAUAUGCAGCUGCAGCAUUAUGAGGCGCAGCAGAAACAGUUUCAACAACUUCACAAAGAAUGGGAGCGUGAAUUCCAAGGAUGGCAGGAUCAACUUCAGACCUAUCCUCACAAAGAUCAGCUCCAGGAGUAUGAGAAACAGUGGAAAACAUGGCAGGGACAGAUGAAAGCUACUCAGUCCCAUCUGCAGGAGAAAGUGAACUCGCUUCAAAACAUGAAGAAUCAAUACACUGGGAAUGUUGCAUUGCCACCUCCUUUUGUUCCAUGCUCUCAAACCUCUCAAGGAGGCGUGCCUGUUUUGCCUCCAUCUUUGCCUUCAACUGCCCCUCCGCAGGUUCCCCCACCUCUGUCUUCUGAUCCUCAGUUGUCUAACUCAUCUGAACCCCCAACAUCCAGUCUUCAGGUUUUCCAGUCCACUAAGACAACCAGGCCAGCUCUGCUUCCUAUCCCUGAUUCUUUUGUAUUUAAAAUACCUGGUUCAUCUGCAACUUUACCUUGUCAUUCUGAUAUAACUACAUCUGCUGACUCUUCAGACCAAGGAAACUCUCAAGUUCAUCUGGGUAAGCAAGCGGUGCCAUUUGUUUCUGUUUCAUCUGAACCAGCAUCUGGAGAACUGAAAACUUCUUCUACAGUAUCUUCAACCUAUGUACCCCCAACCUCCAACGUUCAAGAUAAACCAGUGAGAUCAGGUGGAUUGCUUCCAGACCCACCCAGAGGCACAUACUUCGAAGGACCAAGAGGUCCUAGGUUUGAUGGACUUCAGGGAAGAGGCUUUGACAGAUUUGAAGGGCCAAGACAGAGAGGACCUCGUUUUGAAGGCCAGCACUUGGAAGGGCCAAGGCCAAGAUUUGAAGGUCAGAAUUCAGAUGCACGGUCUUCAAGCAAAUGGGGGACUAUCCCCCGUGGGCCAGCAGCACAGUUUUAUACAUCCCCAAGUACAUCACAGAUGCACAGUUCCCGACCAAGUGGAUCACAGUGGAGGGGGCCCAGACCUCCUUUUGGACAACAGCAGUCUCAAGCAGAGUCCCGAACAGAAAACAGAGAAGCUUUUGCUGAUGCAGCUGUCAACAAGGAGUUGGCAAAUAGAACUCAGUCUACUCCAAUUUCCUUUGAUACAGAUGCAAAGAAUUCUGGUCCAGUUCAGCCAGCUGAGGAUCUGACAAAAGCUCAACAGGAACCACCCAAAGCUGAAGUCAAAAAAGUUAUUCCUGGGCCUAAAAAGUGGACGUGGAGUUCUCAGGAUCCUGCACAGCAAGUAGAAGAGACAAAACCAACUACUCAACCUCCACCCAUUCAGAAUCAAAAACCAACACCACUUCCCAGUACACCUGUAACUGUGCAGUCUACUAUUCCUCCGAGAACAGGAGGAACAGCAGCCUUACCUCCAUCCCCUGUAACAGGAAAUACAGACUUGAAAUCUACAGAUAGUAAAUUGCCCCUUUCAGAAAAUAGCCAGGGUAAAGGACUACCUGGAUCAGAAAAUAACCAGGGUAAAGGGCCGGUUCAACCAGAAGAUAAUAGAGGCAAUGGACCAGUAAGCAGAGGCAGGGGGCAGGGCAGGCUGGAGGAUGGCCGAGGCCGGGGGCAGGGCAGGCUGGAGGACGGCCGAGGCCGGGGGCAGGGCAGGCUGGACGACGGCCGAGGCCGGGGGCAGGGCAGGCUGGACGACGGCCGAGGCAGGGGGCAGGGCAGGCUGGACGACGGCCGAGGCAGGGGGCAGGGCAGGCUGGACGACGGCCGAGGCAGGGGGCAGGGCAGGCUGGAGGACGGCCGAGGCAGGGGGCAGGGCAGGCUGGAGGACGGCCGAGGCAGGGGGCAGGGCAGGCUGGAGGACGGCCGAGGCAGGGGGCAGGGCAGGCUGGAGGACGGCCGAGGCAGGGGGCAGGGCAGGCUGGAGGACGGCCGAGGCAGGGGGCAGGGCAGGCUGGAGGACGGCCGAGGCAGGGGGCAGGGCAGGCUGGAGGACGGCCGAGGCAGGGGGCAGGGCAGGCUGGACGACGGCCGAGGCAGGGGGCUGGGCAGGCUGGACGACGGCCGAGGCAGGGGGCAGGGCAGGCUGGACGACGGCCUAGACAGGGGGCAGGGCAGACUGGAAGACUGCCGAGGCAGGGGGCUAACAAACAGAGGCAGAGGAUUGCCCAGACAGGCAGCCACCCGAGGCCGGGGGAUGAUCCAGAGAAUGAGCAGCCGGGAGGAGCAGCUGGAUAGGCGGUCAGGUAGCAGGGAGAAGUUGCCAGAUGGGCAGUCAGGCAAUUGGGAGAUGGGGCCAGUUGGGCGGUCAGGCAGCCGAGAGAGGGUGUUGUCCAGCCGAGACAAGGAACCAGCUGGCCGGGCAGACAGCAGGGAUAGGGGGCAGUCAGGAAGCUGGGAGAGGGGCCCCGUCAUGCGGGCUGAAAGCCGGGAGAGGGGUCCCGUCAUGCGGGCUGAAAGCUGGGAGAGGGGUCCUGUCAGGCGGGCAGGAAGUCGGGAGAGGGGUUCUGUCAGGCGAUCAGGUAGCCAGGAGAGGGAAAUGGGCAGGCCUGAAACAGGCAGUAUUGAUAAACCAAUCCACCUAGGAGACAACUCUGAGAAAUUAUCUCUGUAUCAUCGAGAGGAACCAACAAGGGCUCCCUGGAGUCAUGAAGAGGAGAGAAUGCAAGAGGAACCUUCAUUAGAUAGACGAGAUGCCCGUCCUUUAGAGCGCGAACAAUUGGAUGAUUGGGAAAGAGAUCGAUAUUGGAGAGAGCGUGACACAGAUAUUCAGGAUGAUCACCUGGAUCCAUAUGAUAGAGAUGACAGGUUACCACUGCAUCUUUCAUUGCCUCCACUGUCACCUCUUCCUCCUCUACCUCCUUUGUCUUCUGAUCUUGACAGACAAGACACUUGGUGGGAUGAUUGGGAAAGGCCCAGGGAGAGGGAGUUGGAUAGAGAUCUGGACAGGAUUGGAAGACCCCUAGAUAUUUAUGAUCGAGAAUUUGAUAGAGAAUGGGACAGAGAUUACUUGAGACCUCUGGAUGACAGAGAUACACCGAGUCAUGACCUGGACAUUCCUCCUCUUCCACCUUUGCCACCACUUCCACCUCUGGACAGGUACCGUGAGGACCGGUGGAGGGAGGAAAGAGACAGGGAUCUCUAUGAUAGAGACCUCCGAGACAGGGGGGAGUUGAGGAUCCGAGAGUAUCCAGAGAGGCGUGAUACAUCGAGGGAGAAACGAGAUUACCUUCCUGAAAGGACUGACUGGGAGAGGGAACGGUUGUCGGAUAGAUGGUAUCCUGAUGAAGCAGACAGACUACGACCUUUGGAGGAUCAGCUUGAUCCAUCCCUUCCACCACCACGUUCAUCUGACAUGCUAGGAGCAGAGCCAAACCUGGACCCUGAACAGUCACUUGGAGGGGUAAUGGUCCUUAGUCAAAGGCAGCAUGAAAUAAUCCUCAAGGCUGCCCAGGAGCUGAAAAUGCUUCGGGAACAAAAAGAACAGCUGCAGAAGUUGAAAGAGUUUGUGCCUGAUCCCCACCUGCCAUCACAGGAAACUUCUAGAUCACAAACCACAACUACAAGGCCACGUGCCUUUCAGGCGUCUUCUCAACUGCCACCUGAGUCACCAAUAGAAUCUCAACCUAUCAAACCUUCUCCUGCUGUUAUUAUAAAGCCACCAGUGUUGUUCAGGCAGCCCACACCGGUGACGAGGCCAGGUGCCCCGGUGACAAGGCCAGGUGCCCCGGUGACGAGGCCAGGUGCUCCAAUUCCUGCUUCAGCUACAACCUCAAGUCAGGCUCCUGCAAUAAAGCCAACAUCUGGUGUGAAACAGGAACGUUGGGAUGAGGAUUCUUUUCAUGGACUCUGGGAUACCAGUGAAGAUAAAGGAGCAAAUUUGGAGUAUGCAUUAUGUAAACCAGAAUCAGUGCUGCCACCCGCAGUGUCAUCUUCUGGGAAAAUACCUCCUUCAGGUCAUACUCCCAUUCCAUCAUCUGUACCAGCAUCAAUUCCUAAACCACCUCUAAUUCAACAGACUGUGGAUUAUGGCCAUGGGCGGGAUAUAACCACCAGUAAAGUUGAACAAAUUCCCUAUGGGGAGAGAAUAACUCUGCGUCCAGAACCUCUGCCUGAGAGACAACCAUUUCCAAAAGACCAUCAAGGCCAGCGGGAUCGUUACAACAGAGAGAGGGAUCGUGAGUCUUACUUUGAGCGCCAAGGCAAUGCUAACACAGAUUACCGAGAUUUUAAAAGGGAGCGGGAGCUGCACAGAGACAGAGGCUCAGGAGACUAUGAUCGAGAGAGGUUUGAGAAAGAACGCCAUGUUCGAGAGGACAGGGCACCUCCAACUGGACCUUCAAGGACUCAGUCUUACCGUGACAAGAAAGACCAUCCCUCCUCAAGGCGAGGGGGCUUUGAAAGACCAUCAUAUGAACGAAAGCCUGAUCGCCCGACCUAUGAUCAUGGACCUUCCAUGUUUGGAGGUGAUCGGAGAAAUUACCCUGAGGAGAGGAUGCCUAUUUCAGCUCCAUCAGUACCUCGCCAGCCUCCCCCUGCUCCCCGGGUAGAGAGGAAACCAGAGUCUAAGAAUGUGGAUGAUAUUUUGAAGCCACCAGGACGGGACAGCAGGCCAGAGAGGAUUGUCAUCAUAAUGAGAGGAUUGCCAGGCAGUGGAAAGACACAUGUAGCAAAGCUCAUCCGGGACAAAGAGGUGGAGUGUGGAGGACCUGCACCCAGAGUUCUCAGCCUGGAUGACUAUUUCAUCACUGAAGUGGAGAAAGAGGAGAGAGACCCAGAUACAGGGAAAAAAGUGAAAAAGAAGGUGAUGGAGUAUGAGUACGAAGCUGAUAUGGAAGAGACCUACCGCACCAGUAUGUUUAAAACUUUCAAAAAGACCUUGGAUGAUGGCUUCUUCCCUUUCAUUAUCCUGGAUGCCAUCAAUGACAGGGUGCGCCAUUUUGAGCAGUUCUGGAGUGCAGCGAAAACCAAGGGCUUUGAGGUGUAUUUAGCUGAGAUGAGUGCAGAUAACCAGACUUGUGCCAAGAGGAAUAUCCAUGGACGCAAGCUAAAGGAGAUCAAUAGGAUGUCUGAUCACUGGGAGACUGCACCACGUCACAUGAUGCGCUUGGACAUUCGUUCUUUGUUGCAGGAUGCUGCUAUUGAAGAAGUGGAGAUGGAGGAUUUUGAUGCUAAUAUUGAAGAUCAGAAAGAAGAAUCCAAGAAAGAUACCGCUGAGGAAGAAGAAAGCGAACUGGGUUACAUUCCGAAAAGCAAAUGGGAGAUGGACACUUCUGAGGCAAAGCUAGACAAGCUGGAUGGCUUGCGGACAGGCACAAAGAGGAAACGUGAUUGGGAAGCAAUUGCCAGCAGGAUGGAGGAUUAUCUUCAGCUUCCAGAUGACUAUGAUACACGUGCUUCUGAACCUGGCAAGAAGAGGGUGAGGUGGGCAGACCUAGAAGAAAAGAAGGAUGCAGACAGGAAGAGGGCCAUUGGUUUUGUGGUUGGACAAACGGAUUGGGAGAAGAUCACAGAUGAAAGUGGUCAUCUUGCUGAGAGAGCCCUCAACCGCACCAAAUAUAUCUGAGACAAUUAUUAUAUGGAAUUUUUGUACCUUUAAGGCCAUUUACUUUGAGGAGAACUGAACCUGGCGUGGCAUGAGCAUCCUACAUGGAUCAUGUCACUACCAUCUUCACAGAUUAUUUUUGUUUCUUUUGUUGUUUUAGUUUCUGAAAGUUCCUUGAAAUAUUGGCAGGUGAUAACCAGUGUCCCCAAAAGACAUACAAUUCUGCUGCACCUAAGCGAGAGAGUUUUCAUUUUAAUAUUUUUUGGAGGGGAGGGGGAGGGUCAGUAGUUUUAGCUGCUAUGCGUAGGGUGGAAAAAUUAGGCAGAGAAUGUUUCCUCCACUGUACUGUAACAGAAUGUCUGUAUCACCUUUGCUUUGUGGCCAUUCUCGUUUUAUACUGUACGUACCUUGUAGCUUAUUGUACUAGGAAGCAGAACAAUAAACUUUCACUAUAAACCCAGUAA